AUGGCACCGAGCAAGCUCCGCAAGGCGCUGGGAGCGGUCAAGGACAAGACCAGCAUCGGUCUGGCCAAGGUGGGCGGCGGCAGCGGUUUCGCGUCGCCGGAGCUCGAAGUGGCCAUCGUCAAGGCCACCAAGCACGAUGAGAACUUCCCCGCCGACGAGCGCCACAUCCGCGAGAUCGUCUCGCUCACGCGCGACUCCCGCGGGUCCGCCAGCGCCUGCGUGGCCGCGCUGUCGCGCCGUCUCGGGCGCACCCGGAGUUGGGACGUGGCGCUCAAGACGCUGGUGAUCGUGCACCGCCUCCUCGCCGAAGGCGAUCCGGUGUUCGAGCAGGAGCUAUUCUACGCCACGCGGCGGGGCACGCGCAUGCUCAACAUGUCCGACUUCUGCGGCCGCGCUAGCGACGACGACGCGUGGGACUACUCCGCGUUCGUCCGCACCUACGCCGCUUACCUCGACGACCGCCUCGAGCACCGGAUACAGGCCAGGCAGGGCGGCCCCAACCGCUGCAAGCUGCUCCGCGACGAGCUCUACAUGUCCCCCGGAGACCGCCUCAGCCGCGAGGGUGUUGACGGGAGUAAACGGGAGGAUGCGGCGGCGGACGCCGACGCCGCCAAGGCGGGGGCGAUCGCGCCGAGGGAGACGCCGACGAGCGAGAUGACGCUGGAGCAGCUCCUCGCCAAGGUCCAGCAACUGCAGCAUCUCCUCGACCGAUUCAUCGCCUGCCGACCCGCAGGUGAGUCCAUCCGCGCGGCGAAGACGAACCGGGUGGUGUCGGUGUCUCUGUACCCGCUGGUGAAGGAGAGCGUGCAGCUGUACUGCGAGCUCACGGAGGUCAUGGCCGCGCUCAUGGAGCGGUUCCCGGACAUGGAGAGCGCGGACUGCGAGCGCGUGACCGGAGUCUUCUGCGGCCUCGCCAAGCAGAUCGAGGAUCUCGACUCUUUCUACGCGUGGUGCAAGGACGCCUACGUCUGCCGCCAGUCCGACGUGCCGGAGGUGGAGGUCAUCACGCAGGAGAGGCUAGAGCUCAUGGACGAGUUCAUCUGCGACAGGCGCGGCGCCGAGUAUCUGCGGAGGCUGCCGCCGCCGUCGCCGGAGCCGUCCAGCCCGGAGCCAGAGGUCGAGGAGUACGACAUGAGCGCCGCCAGGGCCCUUCCGGCGCCCGCGGAGCCGCCGGCUGCCGUGGAGAAGGAGCCCGAUGCCAGCGAAACGGCGCAUGCUGAGCCGGAGGCUCCGCUGAUCACAACCGACGUGGUCGACGAGGAGGCGGACUUCUUGAACUUGAAGGCGGACGCCAUGUCCGGGGAAGAGCACGGGCGGCAGCUGGCGCUGGCCCUGUUCGACGGCAACCCGGCCGGAUCGGCGCCGACAUGCGACGUGUUCGACCCGUCAUCGGCGGACUGGGAGACGGCAUUGGUCGAGUCGGCGAGCGCGCUCGCGAACCAGCGCGCGAUGCUAGGGGGCGGGCUCGACAUGAUGGCCCUCGAAGGCAUGUACAACCACGCAACGGCGGCGAACGCGCAGGCGUUCUCCGGCAGCGCGAGCAGCGUGGCCUUGCGGCCGCCCGGAGCGCCCAUGCUGGCCCUGCCUGCGCCGCCGGGGAUGUGCAGCGCCGCGCCAGGUGGGGACCCCUUCGCGGCGUCGAUAGUGGUGCCGCCGCCGACGUACGUGCAGAUGUCCGACAUGCAGACGAAGCAGCAGCUUCUGACGGAGGAGCAGAUGGCGUGGCAACAAUAUGGCAAGAAUGGCAUGCAAGGGCAGGGGGGCCUGGCAAUGCGAGAGCAGAGACCGCAGCAGCUCAUGCCUCCUGGCGUUUACCAUCGUGCUUCUUAG